AUGUCGGAUCUGUUAAGUGGUAUUGCGAGUUUCACAAAAACAGUAGCCGAUUCGUUCAACACAUAUGAAAUCAGGAAACUUGGUGACAAAGUGCAGGGGAUGGUGAUGAACUAUACGGAAGCAGAAAGUAAGGUCCGAGAAGCAACAAAUGAGGACCCAUGGGGACCAACAGGGCCUCAAAUGGCGGAAAUCGCGCAUAUGACAUAUCAGUAUGAUGCAUUUCCCGAAGUGAUGAACAUGCUCUGGAAGCGCAUGCUACAGGACAAUAAGAAUGCAUGGAGACGAGUAUAUAAGUCCUUAACGUUACUGCACUAUCUACUGAAAAAUGGCAGUGAGCGGGUAGUGAGCAAUGCGCGUGAUCACUUAUUUGAGAUGCGUACGUUGGAGUCUUAUAAAUUUAUUGAUGAAAAGGGAAAGGAUCAGGGACUUAACGUACGGCAUCGGGUUAGCGUUUUGUUCGAAUUAAUUCAAGAUGAUGAACAAUUAAAGGCGGAACGAAAGAAAGCAAAAUUGGAGGGCAAGGAAAAAUACAAGGGGUAUUCAAAAGAUGAUAUGCGUUUGGGUGGACAAAUUACCUUCAGUGGUAAUAGUACAGGAAAUUCUGGUGACUGGAGGAAUGGUAGUGAUUUUUCGAAGAGGCCAAAUUCAUAUGAUGAAGAUGGAAGAGAUUCUUAUCAGCAUCGCGAAGUAAACUCAUUCCAGUUUCCAGACGAAGAGCUCAGCCACGGUGGAGGUGAUAGUCCAGAACUCGGUAUACGAGAGCACACACCGGAACCGGUUAGCCAAGAAAUCGAUGAUGAAGAAUUCGGUGAUUUUGCUCUCGCCCGCAAUCUGCAAUCUCAGUUUCAAAAAGUUUCUGCACCGUCGUCAGUAACAACACAGUCUCAGCCCAUUCAUAAGCCUUAUCAGCGACAUACCAUCGAUAUUCCUAUCCAUGCUGUUGUACCUCCUCCUCCUGCCGGUUCGAGUGUAAUGGGUACGACAGUAAAACAUCUCGGUAAAGGCAUUUCUCUACAAAAUAAACGAGUCAGCGAUCUGCUUGGAUUAGAUAAAUUCAAUGGUAAUGGUGAUUCGAACAAUCCUUCAGCUGCAUUUUUCAAAGAUACUUCAAAGACAUCCAUUUUGCAACCUCCCUCACCACUGAAAAUUAUGAAUCAGCUAGCUAGGACUGAACGACCUACUUCGCCAAUGCGUUUUGACAGUUUAUCUCCUGAAUCUGUAUCAGAUGCUGCCCUUCCAAAUGCAAACCAGCAAUAUGUGUCUUCUGCUGCACCAUCUGUUGCACUGGCUGAUUAUCUUACUUUGCCCGCAGUUGCAACACCUGCACAGACAACAUUUUCAUCCCCAUUGGGUGGCAAUGCUGCCCUUUUUUCAGAUUGGGGUGACGUGUUUGCAACACAUGUGCCUUCUGCUGAUGCUACUAUGCAAUCACCUCAUCAUAGCACCGUUCUUUUGACUGCAGCUGCUCCAUUAAUGCCAGUGCCUACGCACCCUGUUUCCUUUAUUCCGUUACGCGUAAAUGUACCUUCUUCGCAAGUCGAACAGGAUUCGAAAUCAACUGUGAAAAUUCCAUCGACGUGGGCAGAUGCAUCAAACAAAGUUAAUAUUGAUUUGGAUGAUUUGGGUAUGAAAAAGAAACCACAGAAGCAUUCUGUACCGAUGAACCAAAUGACUUCUUUAAUGUCUAUGCCUGCAACAAAGCAAGAUAUAUUCACGAAUUCGACUGUUUUCACCAGUGCACCUCAGCAGCGAGUGUCUUCGGAUGACAUGUUAGACUUACUAAAAUGAAAAUGAGCGUGAAUACAGCAAUUAUUGACAACUGCAGACAAAGAAUUGUUCCUUGUAAGAAAGUUUUCUUGAAAAGCUGUUUUGUGCCCCGGUAACUAUUGUUUUAUUCUGGGAAUUUAUAGCUUUUAUAACUUUGAUUUCUGUUCAUUGUUGUGCUAGCAGUUGCAGCCCUUUUCACUUAUUCAAUCUGUAAAUUCAUGUCUAGGAAGCGUUUAAAUGUUGCUUAUUAUUCUUUGGUUUAGGCAUAAGUUUUCAAGUAAGAAAAGAGGCAUAAUUUUUACACAUUCAGUUAGCGUCUAGCGUACCUGUAAUAUUUGCUUACAAAUCUUUAUUGCCUUAAAAAGCUAAUUCAUUAGUUUCUUCUAUAGAAUAGAACUGAUUUAAUGCUAAUGCUAAUGUGUUUGAAAGUGCCGUAUGAAAUUAUCACUACUUGCUUCUGUUCUUUCGUCUUGAAGAUGACUACAUUGUUGAGAAAUUACGGUACAAAAGUAGUUUGUGGAAAAAACUAUUGGUUAGAAGUGUAAUACCUAUAGCUUCACUUGUCUAAAAUUUUUGUCUUUGUAAUAUAUAAUCAGAUGAAGUGCUCCUUUAGAGAAUCUGAUGCGAAUCAUGGCUUCAUAUGUGAUAAAUGUCUUUGUGAUUUUCCACCAGUCCACCAGUAAGCUCAUUCAUUCAAUGUCGAAAUGAAGCGGUAUGUACCUAGCGCAUAUCUUAUGUUUCAGAAAUUUUCG